AUGAUAAGAAUACUUGAGGCCCACCAGAUGGUCCACUAUUUCAACCGAAGGAAAACUUUAGUAACGCAAGAAGAUGAAGUGUACAGGUUUAGCUCAAAAACAGAUAUGCCUGCUAAGUGGUCUGAUGACCCUACUUCAUAUAUUCAAACCUUACAAUGGUGGCGUGAAAAUUAUUCUGAAGCACUGAUGAUCAAAACAACCGACGAGUAUCUUCAAGAAUCUGCCCUAGACAGACGUAUCCAAGAACAAACACGCGGCCCAGGAUCACGCAGAACGUCAUCAACGACCCAACGUCCUCUGGCCGCAAUCGCUGCCGGACCUCGGUCCGCUUCUACCGUAAACCCUGAAGAAGGCUCGAGAUUGAGCAAGAGAAAACGCGGUGCCGAUAGUUCAGUUCAGGAGUUUGAAUCUCCUCCAACAAAGUCGUGUCGAAGCCCAUCCGGCUAUUCUCAAGGUCGUAGUGCAACAAGGCGUUUCGCGGAACCUGUAUCUGUUCACCGCCGCUUUAGUUCAAAAUUCCCUUCACGUUCCGUGCCAUCAAAAGCUCAUGGAAAAGUUGAACCUUGUGUGUUUUGCAAACGACACGGUCAUUAUAGUUCAGACUGCAACGUUUACCCAUACCUAAGUGAUAGAGCUAGCAUGGCAUCCAGCUUCGGGAUGUGCAGCAAUUGCCUUAAACAACAUUUUGGAAUAUGUAUCCGCAGAGAUCCCUGCAGCAUCUGCCACGGGGAUGGCCAUCAUAGAGCAUUUUGCGUGCAGAACCCGUUCUCUAUCUUCGACCUUAACGUUAACCCAGAGGAGUUCUAUGAUGAUCUCAAGUUUCGCACCUACCGUGCUCCUCCACGCGGAGCGCAAACUCGUCGCCCCUACCAAUGUUCCUAUCGCGAACGGGGCAUGGUAGAGUAG